AUGGCGAGUAGCAUUCCUGCUGCUCUGAAGUCUGCGGACAUUGGGCGCUUUGCCGUCAGAGCAGCUCAGCUUGAACGUGUAAAGCCCGUGGUCGCCUAUUGGUGCAACUUCUGGAUUGUCAACCAAAUCAUUGAGAGAGGUCUACACACUUCUGACGAUGAAGUGAAGCUAUACACGACAGAGCUUGUGGAUAAGCUGGAAAAAUUUAAAAAUGAGAACCCCGAUAAUGAUACGGUGACGGAUGCCGUUGCGGCAAAUGCUUACGUGGAGCAGUUUGGUUUGGAGAUCUUUGGGCGUGCAGAGGCAACCAUGAGGGCCAACAAGGUGACGAAGCAAACUGCUGAUACGUUCCAAGCAGCUGCCACGUUUCUUGAACUAUGCCAGAUAUGGAAUCCUCUUGAGCCGGAGACGGCUGCAAAAAUCAAGUUCGCUAAGUAUCAUGCGGUGAGGAUUGCAAAGGCAAUCAGGGCCGGAGAGGACCCGAACGCGGGGAACCCAGUUAUGAAAGAGGAAGAGGAAAUAGAGGGAAAUGACUUGGAUGUGGAAAAAGAUGAUCCUGAGGUUCAGGCAAUUGUUGGAUCUCUGCCUACACAAUCGAGACAGCCGUCUGUAGAAGACGUCCCCGACAGUUUUACGCAUCCUUCAGGACCGUCUCCGUCUUUACCGCAGCCUCCAACUGGUUUCACCGAAGCACCUACUCCAUCGCAUGAUGUCGCACGUAGCCCAACUCAAGAUAUGGAUAUCGACGCGGAGCAAGGUGCACCGCUAAAUCUCCCCUCAGCACCUGCGACACUCACGUCUUCUUCGACCUCAGUCCCUAACCUUCCAGAUACGCCUACACGCGUUGGCACCCAUCAAUCCUCGGGGGCUUCUGAUGCUUUUCAGUCCUUUCCUCCACCAUCGAAAAUGUCUCCCUCGAGCUCACCAGCUGCCUCUGGCGAUCCCAGUUCUUUCUAUGGUCAACCUAGUGCCACGCCUCACCAACCUGCGCGAUCCCCACCACCAGCAGCUCCUGUAGUACCACGCCCAGCACCCCAGCCUGUUCAUGCACCUACACCUAUAACGUCUACAGCACCCUCAUCUAGCUAUGCGAAUUCACCGGCAGUUGAUGAUAACUCCAUUGCUCUUGCUCAGAAGCACGCUCGUUGGGCUGUGUCCGCCCUGACUUUUGAUGAUGUCAACACAGCCAUCAAGGAACUCAAGAACUCUUUGAAAUGUCUUGGGGCCGAGUGA